AGAUGUUGUCGUACACGAACGUCGACGUUGCAAACGCAUGAUGUUACAACUCACACCAUUUAUUACCGUGGCCAUUGGCUUCGGAGGUCCCAGGACCAAGCGCUACCCCGGGCUGCGGUAUGACCAUGGCUUUGCUAUGAAGAUUAGGCAAGUUUUGUUAAAGCUGUUACUUCAACAUACUUUUUGCUCUGGAGUGUGAUCGCUUACAACAAUGACAUUUUGAAGAACUCGUUUUUGAAGCGGAGCACGAGAAUAAUGCUGAACAUCAUGUCCAUAAUUCCAUGGCUGGUACACGAGUCUAGGCUUGUCAUCAAGGCACAAACGUAUCCAUUUCCAUUCCGAGGACAUAUAUGUUGGUGUUGGAAUGGAGCUCGUCAGAAGCAUCCUAUGAGUUCUAUUUUGCUGCAACUAGGCGUCAAGGACAUGCUCUUGGCUGAUUGCAAAUAUUUCCUGUGUUCUGAGGACUAGGCGAACUUCCAGAAUCAAUUAUUAUCAGAACAACAACGUGCGUUUACUGAUGGCACGUGAAGUGGG